CAAAGCCCGAUCUCCAGUAAAGCAGGGCCUUACCCUUCCUCCGAAAACACCACCAUCAUCCUCAACUUACUCCCCUCCCGCACACCCUAGCCUCGCCGCCGCUGCUGCUGCUCUCCCUGGCCUCCAUCCUCCGCCGAUUCAACCUCCUUCCGGCGCGUUUGCCCCGCCUUAGAAACCCUCACCUCUCCGCCGUUUCCCAUCCGAGGUAAAUCUCCUCCUUAUUUCGCCCACACAAACAAAGUAGUAGAUGUGAAUAUCCAAUAUUUCUCCCUUAUAAAUUGAAUGAUUUGAUUCCGUUUUCUUGGUGUGUAAGUGCAAAUCAUUGGUGGAUGGGAUGAAGAAAAUGUUUAACUCUUUAAUGUCUGAAUGAAUGUGCCGCCUGAUUUUGCAGAAUCUGUGAGAGAGAAUGGAGGUUGACGGUGGUAAUGAAAAUGGGAUCUGUGUGAAAGCCACAUUCAGACUUGGCUCCGAGACGCAUUCAGUGGCAGCCGCUGCGAAAGGGGAAGGAGCUACCAUCUCCGAGGAACUGGUUGCCAUGAAAGAAGAAAGCAUGAGGAUACUGAAGGAAUUCAUCACCAAGCAUAACGUUCCUGCUGAUGUUCCUGAUGAGUUGGUUGACGACGAAGACGAAAGCUCGGAGGAAGCAGAGGAUGAGGUUGCAGAGAAAUCCAAGAAGACCAAACUGACUUAAAGACUGUCUACUGCUGCUACUGCCUUAAUCGCAGCAGGUACCUGGUGGUGUUUGUAAUUUUGGCUACACGCUCAUUUGUUAGCAAAAUUUGUGAAAAGUUAAUAGUGUUACUUUCAUUUGUGCUGUGGAGAAUCAACCAGAUGAAGCUGAAAAGUGCCCUUUGUAAAUAGUGUGUUAAUCUAAGGCUUCUGUCACUACUUUCUGUGAUAGCUCAUGGGUAACUUGAACAGCUAAUAUAGUAACAUCUUUCUUUCCACUAGAGCUUGCCUUCACUCGUCAUUGUUUUCCACAAUAUGUUCCAUUGUGGCUUAUGGUUUUGCUACCAGUGAACCAGAAGCUGAAGAUGAUUGUUCCGUUUUUGAAGAAGUCUCGCCGUCUGCAGUUGAUGGAGACACUAUCUGAGAAUGAUUGUGGUGCACUUCCACCAAUGCUUCAUGUCCAUUGUUACCUUUGGAUUGUGGUUAAAACCCAGCAGUAGGCAGGCAAGAUGGAGUUCUGAAGGAGUAGAGGGUGCUGGUUGCAUCGUUGGUUAAAAGACUGAGCAGAAAUAAACAGCAGAAAUGGUG